AGUACAUAUAGAAAAAAAAUAGAAUGUUGGAACUUCUAAAAGAAAUGAUUUCUUAUCUUGCGAAAAUCUAAAAGAAUAUUUUGACCAUCAUGAGUCAUCGAUUUUGUACAAUGAAUACUCUUAUGACCAAAAGCCUAAUGAGUAUAAGCAUAACCCAACUUUAAAGGAAAGUUUUUCUGCAUGUUUUUCUAACCAAGUAAUUAUGCACUAAACAAGUGGAUUGACAAAUAAUACCAACAAAUUUAUUGUCCCAAAAAAAAACUAUAAUCAUGCACUGAAAAACAACCUUUUGUCAACAAAAGAAUGGCACAAAUUUCCAUUGAUAAAGUAUUCAUUUUCAUGUUGUGAAGAAUAAAACUUUCUACAUCAGAUGAGAUAUAUGUUAAAGAAAGCAUUAAAAAUAAGAAUAACAAAUCAUACCGCUUUUCAUUGCCAGAACCUCCGCCACCUAUUAUGAAUAAGCCCAAUGCUAAAAAGUUGUUAUCAGAUUCAAAGAUUGAAGAAGAUAAUUUUUCUUCACAUUUUAUUGAUGAACACCAAGCAAAGUUCACAUUUUCAAAGAGUUUUAAGUUUUAAUAGAUGCAAAAUGUUAUUCUCAAGGAGCUUGCAGAAAUAAAAGUUCUUUUAAAAGAAGUUAUAGAAAUUAAGUUUCAGGCUACUGGGGUGAAGUUGCUAGAAUCGGUGGACAAAGUGGUUACACUGGAUAAUAAACUAAAAGAUAAAACCGAGUAUACUAAUUUGCUUGAUAGUUUAAAAAAGAUUGGUGGUGGAAAGCCAAGAGAACAUGUUUUUUUGAUCAUGAAAAGGUUAUUUUCAAAUCAGUUACAGUCCAAAUUAAAUCGAAAAGGAAAUGGGGAAAAGAUAAGCUUAGAAAAUCUAGUAAAUAUAUGGAGUGUUUUACGAGAUAUCGGCGACGUGGAAGAAAAUGUUGACGGCAAUGCAGAAAUAUAGUUUCUUAUGUAUAUUUUUGUGAAAUAAAAAUUAAAUAAUGUUAGUUAAAA